UAAGACAAAUUCCAGGGCGAAGUCAGUGUUUAUCUCCCAGCGCCCGCCACUCAUUGAACCGUUUAUCCCAGCGCUUCUGCUCCGUCGCUCUGAAUUGUUAUGAACAGCGAAGGAGUUUCGAUGACAGAGUCCAAAAGAAGAGAGCGCCAGUCCGGUCCGGGCCGUUACAAUUCACACGAUGUUGAAGCUCUGGAGGACGCAGACUCAGGCAUCGGCCUGUGCGGCUGGCUGCUGGUUGGAUUCUCCCUCCUGCUGAUGCUGGUCACCCUCCCCAUCUCCAUAUGGAUGUGCAUUAAGAUAGUGAAGGAGUACGAGCGAGCCAUCAUCUUCCGCCUUGGGCGCAUCCUGAAAGGAGGAGCCAAGGGACCGGGUUUGUUCUUCAUCUUGCCGUGUACUGACAACUUUAUCAACGUCGACAUGCGAACCAUCACCUUCGACAUCCCGCCGCAAGAGGUUCUGACCAAAGACUCUGUGACGGUGAGCGUUGACGGCGUGGUGUACUACCGGGUCCAGAACGCCACCCUGGCCGUGGCCAACAUCACCAACGCGGACUCCGCCACGCGGCUGCUGGCCCAGACCACCCUGAGGAACGUCCUGGGCACCAAGAACCUGGCGGAGAUCCUGUCCGACCGCGAGGAGAUCGCUCACAACAUGCAGUCGACUCUGGACGACGCCACAGACGACUGGGGGAUCAAGGUGGAGCGCGUGGAGAUCAAGGACGUGAAGCUGCCUCUGCAGCUGCAGAGAGCCAUGGCGGCCGAGGCGGAGGCGAGCCGCGAGGCCAGAGCCAAGGUGAUCGCGGCUGAGGGUGAGAUGAACGCGUCGCGGGCCCUGAAGGAGGCGUCCCUGGUGAUCUCUGAGUCCCCAUCGGCUCUGCAGCUGCGCUACCUGCAGACCCUCAACACCAUCGCUGCCGAGAAGAACUCCACCAUCAUCUUCCCGCUGCCGCUGGAAAUGAUGCAGAGCCUGAUGAAUCGCUGAGGAAGAACGCCGCCCACACACACACACACACACACACACACACACACACACACACACGCAUGUUUGUGUUGCUAUCUUUGUGGGGACUUUCCAU